GCGCGGCGCCGGGGAUGCGAGCACCUUGCGAGGAGGCGGCGACCGCUGUGGAAAGUGCGGGAGUAGGCGGAGAGGAGAAGCAGGAGAUGCUUUGUGGGAAAUUUCAGUGGAGAUGUCAAUAUUUUGGCACAGAUAUCCAAGAAGUGACAGUGCUGAAGGGAUUUAACUCUACAUGUCUGGCACAGAUCUGCGACUCCUAAGAUUGCCAAUAGAUCAUGUAAAGCAUGGUUUAUAAGGAAAGUCAAAUCUGAAGGGUAUCCUGCAAGAUGACUUAAAAAGUCUUAACUCAGAGAUGUCUGAUUGAAACAGUGUGGGAAGGAAGAACAAUAUAUAAAGAAGAAGAAACAGGACUUACCUCAGCAAGCAAAAGAAACACUGAACAAAGGAGAGGAAACCAGUAAAGAUAAUUUUAGAAGUACUGAAUGCAGCAAAACAAGAACAAUGGAUCUCAAGUUCAACAACUCCAGGAAAUAUAUUUCUAUCACUGUCCCUUCCAAAACACAGACAAUGUCACCACACAUCAAGUCAAUAGAUGACAUUGUAGUACUUGGCAUAAAUCUCAGCAGAUUUAACAAACUUACUCAGUUUUUCAUAUGUGUUGCUGGAGUUUUUGUAUUUUACCUAAUUUAUGGAUAUUUACAGGAAUUAAUAUUUUCAAUGGAGGGUUUUAAGUCCUAUGGCUGGUACCUUACUUUAGUACAGUUUGCAUUUUACUCCAUAUUUGGCCUAAUAGAACUUCAGCUUAUUCAGGACAAAAGGAGAAGAAUACCAGGAAAAACCUACAUGAUAAUAGCUUUUCUAACUGUGGGUACUAUGGGGUUAUCAAAUACUUCCUUGGGCUACCUGAAUUAUCCUACCCAAGUCAUCUUCAAGUGCUGCAAAUUGAUUCCUGUUAUGCUAGGAGGAGUUUUUAUUCAAGGGAAGCGCUAUAACAUUGCAGAUGUGUCUGCUGCAGUAUGUAUGAGUCUUGGCCUGAUAUGGUUCACCCUCGCUGACAGCACGAUUGCACCUAAUUUCAACCUGACAGGUGUGAUCCUUAUUUCCCUGGCACUGUGCGCAGAUGCUGUCAUCGGAAAUGUUCAAGAGAAAGCUAUGAAACUGCAUAAUGCUUCUAAUUCAGAAAUGGUUUUGUAUUCGUAUUCAAUCGGUUUUGUGUACAUUUUAUUGGGAUUGACAUGCACUAGUGGAUUAAGCCCUGCAGUAACAUUUUGUUCAAAGAACCCAAUUCAGACUUACGGUUAUGCUUUCCUUUUUUCCCUCACUGGGUAUUUUGGAAUCUCCUUUGUUCUGGCUCUGAUUAAAAUUUUCGGUGCACUUCUUGCUGUAACAGUGACAACAGGAAGAAAAGCCAUGACCAUUGUACUUUCAUUUAUGUUUUUUGCUAAACCAUUCACAUUUCAGUAUGUGUGGUCUGGUUUGUUAGUCGUCCUUGGUAUAUUUCUCAAUGUUUACAGCAAAAAUAUGGAUAAAAUAAGACUGCCAUCACUAUAUGAUCUGAUAAACAGAACAGUGGAAAUGAGGAAGUCAAGGACGUUGGCACAAACUGUAUAGGCAGUAAUUCAUCCUACUUAAAAUAGAAUUCUAAGGGAACAAUCAUCAAAUAAUUAAUUUUCCAAAGGGAUUGUUAUAAAAACCAAAGGAUCUGAAGGCAUGCUCUCCGUUUGUGGAUGGGUCAGCUAUGAAGUCAGCCUCUUUCACAGAGCACUUGUUUAACUGUGUGACUUCUGAAGCAGUCAAGAGAGCCGCAUCUGCCACACCUUAGAAUAAAAUGUCAGUGUGAAGGACUAAUUCUUAGCAUUCUGUUGAGAAUUUCACUGGAAAUGGACCAUGUUGCAAAACUAAUUGGAUAUCAUUAUGACAUUUCAAAGAAAUUGAUAUAGUAAUAUCAAUUUAGAUUGUUUGGUCUUUGUUCAUUUUGGUGGUAUUAUUUAAAUGAUUCUCUGUUAUAAGAGUGAACAGAUGAUUUAAAGUCUAGAAAGAAUAACUUCAUUAUAAAUAAAAAUUAUUCUGUGAUUUUUUAAAAUAAA